ACUGACAACUUAAUGCAAAAAAGUUUCAAUAUUUUGGCGUUAAACAUCAUUAAAUUCAAUAGUAGCAGUUAGUAACACAAUACAAUUAAAUUAAUCAAGACACUUCUUGAUUAAAUGGGGAACCACCAUGGCCGUUACUUUCAUCACAGGAAACACCAUCAACAACAGGGCCCCCCAUUUCCAGGUCCACCUUAUAUGUAUGGUCCAUCAGGUCAUUCUGCAACACAACAAACCAAGAAUACAGAGAUGGGUUUGAAUUUACCUUAUGUUAAUGUUGACUCUACCUUGCGUGGUCUUGCUGGUCAAGCUGAGGGAUUUGGUGGUUCCUCUAUUGGUGGACGUGAUGGUCAUGUUUAUCAAGUUGUUAAUCUCAAUGAUGAUGGGCCAGGAUCACUUCGAGAUGGAUGUCGUCAAAAAGAACCUCUAUGGAUCGUCUUUGAAGUUUCAGGGACCAUUGAGCUCCGUUCUUAUUUGACUGUGUCGUCUUUCAAAACUAUUGAUGGGCGAGGCCAAAAAAUAAAACUCACAGGGAAAGGUUUAAGGUUGAAAGAAUGUGAACAUGUGAUCAUCUGCAAUCUAGAGUUCGAGGGAGGCAGAGGACCUGAUGUUGAUGGCAUUCAGAUUAAACCAAAGUCGAGGCAUAUUUGGAUAGAUCGUUGUAGCCUUAGCGACUAUGACGAUGGUUUAAUUGACAUCACAAGAGAGAGCACAGAUAUUACUGUUUCUAGGUGUCACUUUUCAAAGCACGAUAAAACAAUGCUUAUUGGAGCAGAUCCUUCUAAUUGUGGUGAUAGAUGUAUAAGGGUCACCAUUCACCAUUGUUUUUUUGAUGGAACUAGACAGCGGCAUCCUCGUGUUAGGUUUGGCAAAGUACAUUUGUACAAUAACUACACCAGGAACUGGGGAAUUUAUGCUGUUUGCGCAAGUGUAGAAUCACAGAUAUAUUCCCAAUGCAACAUAUAUGAAGCUGGACAAAAAAAGGUGGCCUUUAAAUAUCUCACAGAGAAGGCAGCUGACAAGGAGGAAGCGUGUUCUGGUAGCAUUAAAUCUGAAGAUGACUUGUUUGUUUGUGGAACUCAGGCUGGUUUAUUGUCUACUUGCAGCGACAAUAACGUCUUUAAUCCAUUCGAAUUCUAUCGAACCUGGACUGUUGAACGUCUGAGUGAUGAUCUCAAACACUACCUUCAACAUUGUACAGGGUGGCAGUGUAUCCCCCGGCCAAAUGAUCAGCCCGUCUCCUGUUAGGAUUACCUAAAUGAACAGAGACGAUUACUUAAAUGUGCA